UACGUUGUAGCUGACUGACUGAUUGUCUGUCGUGAUAAUCAGUGUUUAAGCAUGAAAACUACUUCUUUCUAAUCAAUUAACUUCUUAUUUAAGUCAUCAAUUAAAGUGAUUAGCUAUUAUAUUUAAAUAAGAUAGUAAUAUUGAUUUCUUUCAUUGUUGUUAUUCAAUAACUUUUUAAACUAACUAUGGAUGGAUUGAAUGAAUGAAUGAGUAACAACAACAAGAAGAAGAACUCUUCAUCAUUGAAGAUCUAAAGAACUAUCCACCUAACCAUUGUCUCAAAGUUCAUCUUCGAUCUUCUGCCUCCAGGAGUUGUUUCCCUUUCAAUUGAUGAUAAUAUACUACUUAUUAUCUAUCAACAUCAUAAAGGAUUUAAAAAAGUAUCCAUCCAUCUAUCUUAACUAUUCUAACUAUGUCCAACUUAUCAUUAGAUCAUAUUAAUGUUUUAUCUAUUCAUGCAUAUUAUGAUACUAAAACUACUACUGAAAUUAUAGAAAUGACAAAUUUAUUAAAAUAUAAAAGUCAAAAUUUUCAUUGUCAAGUUGAAUUAUCUAUAAAUGAAUGUAUAGCUAAAGAAUAUUGGAGUAUUGGUUUAGUACAAGCAUGUGAUCAAUUAUAUUUAGAAAAUUGUUAUGGUAAUUAUGGUAGUACAUUCUGGGAAUUUCAUCCAUUAAAAAGUGGACGACAUAAAAUGGUUAAUGAUAGUGAUGGUAUACAAUAUCCAUUUUAUAAUCUUAUAAAUAGUAAAUAUGAUCUAGAUCAAGGAAUUGUAAAAGAUCAGAUCAUUACAUUAACAUAUGAUGAUCAUUUUUAUCCAACUGUAGCAUGGGAAUUACCAUAUUAUGGUGGUAUACAAUUAACUGAUAUUAUAAGAAAACAAACAUUUUGGGUAUGGUUAAUUGCCAUAAAACAUUCUAAACAUUCAAAGUUCAAUUCUUUAAAUUAUCAACUAUUCAAUGUUGAACAAGAUGAGGUGUAUAUUUUAAAUACUAUACGUUGGUAUUAUACAUUACAUAUAACAUUUGAUCCAUAUCAACCAAUUGGUAAACGUUUAAAACAUAUUGAUGAUAUCCAACAAGAACAACCAAUCAUAUUAGAAGAUGAUAAUAAAAAGUUACCAUUAUCUGCAUUAAGUCCACCACAUUGUAAUGCAGCACAAUCAUUAAUAUGGUAUCCAAAUAAUAUAAGAGAUGAACCAAAAUUAAUUAUACCACCAAAACAAAUUAUAGUACCAUGGAGUAUAUGGAUAAAUGAUAUGACAUUAAAUAGAAGUAAUACAAUGAAAAGACCUAAACAAUGUAAAUUAGUUGGUGAAUGGUUUAAUGAUAAAGAAAUUGGUAUUAGAAAUGAUACAAGUUAUAAUAAACAACAGGAGAAAUUAUCAACAGGUCAUGGUACUUCAAGAUCAGUUCGUACAUUGAAACGUUCAAGAGGUUAAAAAACAAAAAUCAUGAACUGAAUUUCUGAAGUACCAUGAAUAGAACUUUGUCACCUUCGGAAAUUCAUUUAGUUCGGAAUCCCUUUUCGUUAUUUUCUUUAGUUUGUUUUAAAGUUUACAUAAUGAACUAUUAUUAUUGUUUUUUAUUUUCUUUGAUAAUCAUAUGUCUUGCUAAAGAAUAUUCAUUUCAAUGAAUAGUCAACAGUUACUAUUACAUUUUAUUUCUAUGA